AUGGUGGAGAGAGCCAAAGUAUUGGAGAAGAACGUAGCAGAGGUGGAACAGCAGAAGAAACAACAAGUGGCUAGGGGACCGAUCGUGUCUCGAGGUAAUAAUAAUUUGAGAAGGAGCUCGUACGCUCGCCCACCACAGCCAUCAAGCUCAAGUGGGUCUCAAGCAGUGGUUGCGGUCGGACGGUCUGGACAGCAAGGGCCGGUGAAGUGUUUUCAGUGUGGGGGACCCCAUUACCGAUCUUCAUGUCCUCAGAUGGUUGGAGAAAAAUAUUGCACUCGCUGUAGAAGAAAUGGUCACCUGGAGAGCGAGUGUAAUAUGGGAGGACGAGCGGUCAUGAGACCGCCAAACGCUGGAAGGAUUCAGCAAGGAAGGGGAGGCCGAGCGCAGGCAGCAGAGAGAGUAUAUGCAAUCACUGGCGCUGAAGCAGCCAGCUCAGGUACACUCAUUAUCAGCACUUGCUUAGUGUUUGGAAAGCCCUGCUGUGUUUUGUAUGAUUCGGGAGCAACACACUCCUUCAUCUCGAAGGCGCGCGUUGAGAAACUGGGAUUGACAGAGAGUGAGAUGCAGUUCGACCUGGUGGUGUCAACCCCAGCGGCUGGUGAGGUCAGGACGUCUACAGUCUGUAUUAGAUGUCCUGUAGAGGUCGAGGGGCGUAGAUAUAAGGUUAACCUCAUUUGCUUACCUCUUCAAGGUUUGGAAGUAAUUCUAGGAAUGGAUUGGUUGGCUACCAAUCACAUUCUCAUAGACUGUGGUGCGAAGCAAUUGGUAUUUGCGGAUGAAGAAGAUGAAGAGUUAUCUGUGACGCUCGGACAGCUAAAGGAAGACAUUAUGGAGGGCGCAAGUUGCUUUUUGAUUAUGAUGCACUCAGAGGAAGAGUUUGAAGGUUCAAAUUCUGAACGAUCGUUCAGUAGCAAGUUCAGUGGCGGACGAUCGGUUGUGGACGAAUUCCCGGACGUCUUUCCUGAUGAAGUGCCUGGACUACCUACUCCACGCGAGGUAGAAUUUACAAUCGAUUUGGUGUCAACAGCCGGACCCAUUUCUAUUGCACCCUAUCGUAUGUCGCCAGCAGAGUUAGCCGAACUCAAGAAGCAGAUUGAAGAUUUGAUGGAUAAGAAGUUCAUCAGGCCGAGCGCAUCACCUUGGGGAGCGCCUGUUCUCUUGGUGAAGAAGAAAGAUGGUAGCUCCCGGCUUUGUAUUGACUACCGACAAUUAAACAAGCUGAUCAUCAAGAACAAGUAUCCCCUGCCUCGGAUUGACGACCUGCUGGACCAAUUGCACGGUGCUACCGUGUUCUCGAAGAUAGAUUUGAGAUCCGGUUACCAUCAAAUUCGUGUGAAGGAAGGACCGUACCUGGACAAGUUCGUGGCUGUCUUCAUUGACGACAUCCUCAUCUACUCUAAGAGCUGUGACGAGCAUGAGGAACACUUGAGGAUCGUACUUGGCGUCCUGAGGGAAAAGGAGUUGUACGCCAAGCUUUCAAAGUGUGAAUUUUGGAUGAAAGAAGUGCAGUUCUUGGGGCACGCUGUUUCGGCUGGAGGGAUCUCUGUAGAUCCGGCCAAG